AUGGCUGCAAUGCUAGAAUAUCGAACGCAAGGGUAUAAUCCCUAUGCCGUUAAAUACUCCCCAUACUACGACUCUCGAAUCGCCGUCGCGGCAUCUUCCAAUUUUGGCAUUGUAGGCAAUGGUCGCGUAUUUGCGCUUGCGUUAACAGCGCAGGGCGUUCAAGUUGAGAAAACGUUCGAUACAAACGAUGCGCUGUACGAUUUGGCUUGGUCUGAGAUCAAUGAGAACCAGAUGAUUGUCGCUUGCGGUGAUGGAUCGUUGAAACUUUUCGAUUUGGGCGUCAACGAUUUCCCCGUUAUGAACUUCCAUGAACACAAAAGAGAAACUUCCUGGGACGGUACAGUCAAAAUCUGGUCACCGACACGCAACCACUCGAUAAAGACGCUUCCUAUUGGAACUUGCACUUACAGCACCUCCUUCUGUCCUUCCAGCCCCGCCUUGAUAUCCGCUGUGUCCUCCGACUCUCACCUGCGCAUCUUCGACCUCCGAACACCAUCAUCGGCCAAGUACCAUCUCACAGCGACAAUACCCGUCCAUGCGUCAGGGCCUCAACCAUCGCCUGGUGCUUCUGCACCAGCCGAGAUCCUCACCCACGACUGGAACAAGUACAGAGAUACGGUCAUAGCUACAGGUGGUGUAGACAGAGUUCUGCGAACCUUUGACAUACGGAAUCCCAGUGGUGGUCCCAUGUCUGUUAUGCAGGGUCAUGAAUAUGCUGUUCGACGACUUGCAUGGAGUCCUCACUCAAGCGAUACUCUCAUCAGUGCCAGUUACGAUAUGACGGUGCGUUUAUGGAACGACGGGUCGACGCAGCAGCAACAACAACCACAGGGUCCAAUGAUGGCACCUUCAAUAGGUACUCAGAUGGGUAUCAUGAAUCGGCAUACCGAGUUCGUUACAGGAGUUGAUUGGUGUCUGUUUGGCAUGGGUGGUUGGGUAGCUACAGUUGGCUGGGAUGAGAGAGUGUUACUGUGGGACGCCAAUAUGCUAAUGGGACAGCGAAUACCAUGA